AUGUUGCAGUUUACACUCUCAGAAAGUUUUCAGAUUCUAGUUCCCGAAGGAACACGGGGGGAUCAUCCUUGGUGGAAGAUCAAUGACAGUGGGGCUACUGUUGUAGCAAUCAAGCGACUGAAAACAGAUACCUGGCAAGCGGAAACUGAGUUUCAGACUGAAAUCAAGAUGCUAUCCAAGCUCAGGCACGUGCAUCUUGUUUCGUUGAUUGGCUACUGCAAUGAUGGUGAAGAGCAGAUUUUGGUUUACCAGUAUAUCACCAAGGGAACACUUGCAGACCAUAUCUACAAUGCCAACACACAUGGAAGGGAAAAUCCUCCUCUUCCUUGGGAACUUCGACGUAAGGUCUCUCAAUUGGAGCUGCGCGUGGCCUAUGUUAUCUUCACUCACGGCAUAGGAUCAUACACAGGGAUAUAA